CCGCCCUAGUGCGCAUGCUCCGCGGGGCCACGGUUCUCCGACCGGCUGUGGUAGUGUCAGCUCCUGUGAAGGAAGUUUCCGCUUUGCACCCCACCCGGAUCACAGUUCGGUUGUAGGACCGGCUCCCUCCGGCUCCACAUCAGCGCAUCCGGAUCAUGGGGUUGCCCAAGGGGCCGGAGGGCCAGGGGCUCCCGGAGGUGGAAACGAGAGAAGAUGAAGAACAGAACGUCAAGUUGACUGAAAUUCUGGAGCUCUUGGUUGCAGCUGGGUAUUUCAGAGCAAGAAUCAAAGGCUUGUCUCCUUUUGACAAGGUAGUAGGAGGAAUGACAUGGUGUAUCACCACUUGCAACUUUGAUGUGGAUGUGGAUUUGCUCUUUCAGGAAAACUCUACAAUCGGUCAGAAAAUAGCUCUAUCGGAAAAGAUUGUCUCAGUUCUCCCAAGGAUGAAGUGUCCCCACCAGCUGGAGCCCCACCAGAUCCAGGGCAUGGAUUUUAUUCACAUAUUCCCUGUUGUGCAGUGGCUGGUGAAGCGAGCUAUAGAAACAAAGGAAGAAAUGGGUGACUACAUCCGCUCCUAUUCUAUAUCCCAGUUCCAGAAGACCUACAGCCUCCCGGAGGAUGAUGACUUCAUAAAGAGAAAAGACAAGGCCAUCAAAACCAUUGUUGACCUCUCAGACACUUACAAGCCCCGUCGCAAGUAUAGGCGGCAGCAGGGAGCAGAGGAGCUGCUGGACGAGGAGUCCCGAGUCCACUCCACGCUUUUGGAAUAUGGCAGGAGAUAUGGAUUUAGUCGUCACAACAAAACAGAGAAGGCUGAGGACAAGAAAACAGCUCUUGCUGCAGGGCUGUCGGCCACAGAGAAAACAGAAGCUCAUGAAGAAGAUGAGCUUCAAGCAGCUGAAGAGCAACGUAUUCAGUCACUGAUGACCAAGAUGACUGCCAUGGCAAAUGAGGAGAGCCGUCUCACCGCAAGCUCCGUGGGCCAGAUCGUGGGUCUCUGUUCUGCUGAGAUCAAGCAGAUUGUGUCUGAGUACGCAGGGAAGCAAUCUGAACUGUCUGCUGAAGAAAGUCCAGAAAAAUUAGGAACUUCCCAACUUCAUCAGCGGAAAGUCAUUUCCUUGAAUAAGCAGAUUCUGCAAAAGACCAAACAUCUGGAAGAGCUGCAAACGAAUCAUUCCAGCCUCCAAGCCAAGUACAGUGACACGAAGAAGACACUGACAGAGCUGAAGAGUCAUGGUGAGAAGCUAGACAAAGAGCAGGCAGCCCUGGAGAAAUUGGAAGCCAAAGCUGACCCGAGCAUUCUACAGAGUCUAAGAGCACUCGUAGCCAUGAAUGAAAACCUGAAAAGCCAGGAGCAGCAGUUUAAAGCACACUGCCGGGAGGAGAUGGCUCGGCUACAGCAGGAAAUUGAGACCCUGAAGGCUGAGAGAACACCGGGUGAGAAGACUGUCUCCGAUGGAGAGCCACAGGGUGCCCUGACCCCCACCAUGACUCACAAUGAGGACCUGGACAGACGGUACAACAUGGAAAAAGAGAAGCUGUACAAGAUCCGCUUGCUACAGGCGCGAAGAAAUCGGGAAAUAGCGAUUUUGCAUCGCAAGAUUGACGAAGUGCCCAGUCGAGCCGAGCUGAUACAGUAUCAGAAGCGAUUUAUUGAACUCUACCGUCAGAUUUCUGCGGUGCACAAGGAAACCAAGCAGUUCUUCACUUUGUACAACACCCUGGACGACAGAAAAGUUUAUCUGGAAAAGGAGAUUAGCCUGCUUAACUCAAUCCACGAGAACUUUUCACAAGCCAUGGCCUCCCCUGCUUCCCGGGACCAGUUUUUAAGGCAGAUGGAACAAAUCGUCGAAGGCAUUAAACAAAACAGGAUGAAGAUGGAGAAGAAGAAACAGGAGAACAAGAUGCGAAGGGACCAGCUGAAUGAUCAGUACCUGGAGCUUCUGGAGAAGCAGCGGCUCUACUUCAAGACUGUGAAAGAAUUCAAAGAGGAGGGCCGAAAGAAUGAGCUACUGCUGUCCAAGAUCAAAGCCAAGGCCUCCUGAACACCCAUCUCCAUUUCCGUAUGUUGUUGAAAUGUUUUAAAUGGCAUGUAUAGACUACAGGAUCCUGAAACGGUUCUGGAAGUGAUGUUGGAGAGAUGCUGCAGGAAGAUUGACUUCAAGUCUCUGGAUGGAUGUUUUCUUUCUCCUAUUUGUUUCCUUCCAUCUCUCCUGGCUACAGCUGGUGGACUCAGAGUGACACCAUGGCUUGGCUGACACCUGAACCCUAUGAAGAAACAGGGGCAAUGCUCAUUCACUCUGUCCGUUCAACUUUCUUCUCCAGUAACACUGCAUUUAUGAAGGUACAUGGAUUUGUAUGGGCCCUGAGAAUAAAAAGCUUAUGUUCAGCAAGUAUUAACUGAGCAGUGCUGAAAAAUGGGCCCUGAGGUAAAUGUAGCAGAAGAGAGAGCAUUGUCCCUUCUCCUCUGACACAUAGCAGGGGCCAGAGAACAGAUUCAGCCCACCUGACCCCUAAGCUCGUCCCUUGUAAUGUUUCAGAAGGCUGCUGAGUGAGCAACCAGCCCAUUCAUGUUGCUGGCUUUGGCCGUGCACCUACCGUUGUGCCUUUUGUUCUGGCUUCCCACAGUGCAUACAGACUGUAGGCUAGGCUGACAUGCAGAGCAAUUACCCACAGGUAUAGAGAUGGAAGCAGGUGAGGUUUGGGUUUACGAGAGUUCACCUGUCUGUGUUGAGAAGACUGAUAUAAAGUAACUAUGAUGGGUUUUGGAAAUGGGAACCCUUCAUCUGGAGCCAUGCCUCUCAAGUGGUUCCUUUGGCAUGGCUGUAGGUGUGUCCAGCCCUCGGGCUGCAUGUGGUCAAGGAUAGCUGUCAGUGUGACUCAGUGUCAUUCCUUUAAUCCUGCAAACCACCCAGGUUCACUUGAUGCAAAUGCCCUUCCACUGGGGGCACUUCAAUAAGAAUUGAAGUUUUCCAUACCCAGAUGGGUCCAUGUUCCUACACUGCCGUUGUCAGGGUCUAAGGAUACUGUUCGGUACUGUUGGGGCAGACGUGGGGAAAGACACCAGGUUCUGAGCAUGGAGGCAAAGUGUGUUUGUGCAUGGGGACACAAGGACUCCAUGGAGGAAACAGCAUUUGAGCUAGAUCUAAAGGGAGUAGGAUGUUAGCUGAGAUGGGAGGGAGGGCCUUUAGUAGCCCCUAACACUUUGGUUUUAGACUCUGGAAAGAACAGGCCAAAGCAAUUGCAGAGUACUCCCUGCAGCCAUCAGGAAUCCAGCAACUGGGCCAUGCUCAGUAAGCCCCAGUGUGAGGUUUGUGCUCCAUUCCGCAUCAGUUUGGCACACACAUGAUCUGAGCAGCAGGUUGUGGCCAUUUGACAGAAGCAUAACUACGUGAGACAGGUGGGGCAUUGGGCAGUCACAGAAGCACGGUUCAUUUUUUGUUUCCUAAUGUGUGUGAUUAAGAGGCAUGAGUCACACAGACUUAGAGGAAAGAGGUGCUAGGGCCCAGUUGCCGGAGUGCAUCACGUAAACCAGGAAUGGUAGAGCAUACUUGUGAUCCUAGCUUUCAGGAAGUAGAGUCAGGAGGAUCCGGAAAUCAAGGCCAAACAGCAAGCUGGAAGCCAGCCUGGACUACAUCAGACUUUGUUUCCCAUGCAGGCUUAAUAGUGUCAUGGGUUCCUGAACCAGGGUCCCUGAGCUGUGGUGAGCUGGGUAGGAACAAGCAUCACUCCCCUGUGCCAGCACACCUCCUAGUGAGCUAUGUGUGCACCUCUACCUCACUGGGACCUAUGGGCACAGAAACAUUGUGAAAAAGCUCUACUGAAGUAAAUCCUUGUAAAAUGAUAAUGAUGUUAAUAAAAGUAAAGUAGUGCCCUGAGCGGGAAGAUGGCAUCUUGACUGUAUUAGAGCUAUUACAGUUCAGAGGAGAGGGCCAUCUGUCUGUCUUGUCUCGAGAAGAAGCUCAUUCACGCUAAUGUCAGUGCUGGACCACAGGUGUAGAAAGGGAUGUGGGAGCAGGUGAGGGUCAAGGUUUCUGGAGUCCACUAUCUGUGUCUGGGAGGGAAGUAUGGAAUAACUGAUCUAAAACAACCAGAAUUGGUUUUGGAAAUGGAAACCUUUAUUUGGUAUUGUUUCUGGGGAGUUCCUUUUGGUAUAGUUGUAAGCCUAUUCAACCACAGGCUGCCUGUAGCCAAGGAUAGCUGUGAAUGUGACCCAACACAAAAUUGUAAAGUAAUUUAAAACACUGAGGUUCUUUCCCCUCUGUUUUUUUAAACUCUAUUACACUGUGUACUCUGUGUAAACUUUGAUAGAUGACAGUAUCCUUUUAAAAUACUGAAAGGUUGGUAACACUUGGUAGAGAGAAAUUAGUAGAUACCUUGUCCCAUUUUUUAAUCCACAUGGCUUAAUAUAGGUGAUGAGAAGUUCGUGUUACUAGAUCUACAGUACCAGGUAUGAACUCCCUCCUGAGGAGGAGGCCACAGAUCUGAACAAAAUACAGCUGGUACCCCAUGACAGGCAUGCUACUCUUAUACCAGUGCUCACCUCUUGCCUGGCUGGUUGGCAUUGUAGUGUGCAAGUUCAUAGCUGGUAAGACUGCUGAUGACUCCCUCCCCACAGCUGUUGUAUAGUACCUGCCACUAUGAAAGCUAGCCAAUAGGGAGGGAGCUUCUAGCUCAGAACUAUUUUGAUUUCUCUAUGUCCUACUACUAAAGUAGUAGUGUCUAGUUCUAGAACCAUCUAGUUCUGGUGGUCAAUUGAACCCUCUUUGAAUUAUGCUACAGAAGCCAACACUAAGAAUCUGACAUUUGCUUCUAACAUCCUGAAACACAGGACAGCACCUUUGUGGGUAAUUCCCAUCAUGAAGUAGGCUGAAGAGAUUUCCUGAGGGCCUUGGUUAUUACAGAAUCUACCUGGAGAGGUGGAAGGGAGGGACCUACCAGGGCAGUGUCUUCUGUGCCCAGAUGUGGUGUAUAGCAUUGUGUUCUGAGCCUAGUGGCUUUUACCAGAAUCUAAGACAGUGGAGAAACAUCUGUAAGUGACUUUUUUUUUUUUCUGUGUACACUUUAAGAGAAACCCGAUUCAGAGCAGUGAGACUGUUCACAGGGCUGGCGCCUGGUGCCAUGCAUUCUUAGGAGCAGUCUCCAGGUCAGGAGCUGCCUUCACUUCCACUUGCUUCUCAUGGAGUAACUUGGGGUGCUCUGGUUAUGAUCAAGCUCAGAGCAGCUGUGAGCUGGACAGGAAUAAGGUGGUAGUGAAAGGUCUAGGAUGAUGUGGGGAUACCCUGUUAUUCCCCCAUGUUCAAUAUUAGUCAGCCAGCAGCACAUAGUACCAUAGAACAGCUGCCAACUGAAUCCAAAGGGUGGUGUGUUUUCUACUGAAGCAGAGUCCAUGUUGGGCAUAAGCUCCUGAUCUUGAGGAUGGGUGUGGGGUCGUAGCCCUUGGUUCAGGAACAGUGAAGACACAGACUGGUGUCACCAGGAAGGGCCUUUCCUCUCCCAACUGUCCCUGGAAACCUCUCAAAACCUUGAGGAAAACAUGGGGCAGGUCCUCCAACAGCCCUCCUACUACCUCACAAAGUGCCAUUCCCAUGGAUUGUCACUUUGACAGACUCAUCUUGUCUAUCUUGAGUAAAGUAGACACUACUUGAAGCAGUAUCUGGAACACCCAGCCUGACCUGCAGCCUGUACAUUCUGCAUUCCUUCUGCCUCCCCAGGUGAUGGAUGGUCAGUUUAAGGGGACCGAGCAUUCCUAGCAAUAACUUCUAACGGCGACCGAGACUUAUGAAGGUUCAGGCGGUUGAAUUGAAAUAUGCUCUGAGAAAUACUGUCAGGGAGUGUUGUGUGAUGUGUUCAUUUUCCAGGGUUUGUCACCAAGAAAAAGAACACCCGAAUGCAGAGCAGUACAAUGAAGAGUGACAUGGGUGCCAUUGUCUGUUCUUGCAGCUGAGCAUGGCCAGAGGAAGAGCCUUACGAGAUGCAUCUUAGAGUCAGCCAUGCUCUCCCUUCUAGCGGCAGCGACAGCAGGCCGAAAUUGUACAUAAAAAGCAACAGAGAACUGGGGAGAUGGCUUAGCCAGUAAAGUGCUUGCCUUGCAAGCAUGAGGACCUGAGUUAGGAUCCCCAGCAACCAUAUAAAAAGCCAGGCAUAGCCAUAUGCUCCUACAUUCCCAGCACUAGAGAGGCAGAGACAGAAGGAUCUCUGGGCCUCACUGACCAGCCAGACUAGCUGAAUUGGUAAACAUCAGAUUCAGUAGGAAACCUGUCUCAUAAAAUAAGGUAGAGAGCAAUCAAGAAGACCUCUGAAUUGACCUCUGGCCUUCAGAUACACAGGCUUAUACAUGCACACACACACACACACACACCAUACACAUAUAGAACAUGCAUAUACAAAAAAGUAAUGCAUGUUUUUCCAUCUUCUCAGAAUAAAUGUGAUGUAUAAGAUCAUGAGCAGGGUGUUAGUACGUAAUCUGCAGUGUGUUUGACACCAUGGGGAGUUACUCCUGUAUCCUCAUCAUCCUGUAUCAGUUUCCUAAAUGGACCACGCUCACCCUUCAUGGAUAUUUUCCUCAUUUGCCCUCUGACUAGGAUUCUGUCCUCUCUGAUUUUGGGCAGUGGCUUUCAAUGAUCACUUGUGUGUUCCCUUUUAUAUUGGCUUCCUGGUCAUAUUACAGUCCACCCACCACAUCCCUGUUGUCUGUCCUAAUGACGCAUGGCACUGCUGAAGGCUCCAAGUCCUUUUCAGGGUCUGCAUCUUCCCUCUGAAAUGUGGAAGGGCAGCAGAAGCAGGGACCUUGCCCACCUCACUGUGGUUCCUCAGGCGGUGAGAACAUUCCACUUGGCUAAGUCAGUUCCCCAAACUGUGUCUUUACAUCCUUUAGUAGCAAAAUACAGAUUUAACCUAAUCCAUGCCCAGGUUGACACAGUAGGGCUGUUCUAGUCAGCAGCAUUAGAGAAGUUCUCUAAGGAGUGUGUUCCUUAGUCGCUAACCUUGAAGGGUAGAGUGGAAAGCGUUUUCCAGAAGUUUCCAACUUUUAGCCAAGAUGUUCAGUACUGUGGCAGGGAGGGCACAUUAAGUCAGAUAGGAUCAUGUGUAUGUUCUUCCUUCAAAUAUGGCAGAUGAAUCUUAGCCACAUGAAUCCAAGAAAAUGAGUGGUGCCCUACAACUGUGGGCGGCGGCAGCACCCCACACAGUGAUGGCAGAGCUAUAAGCCUACAGCCUCCUUGGAGAACAAUUGAAUAUGUGUAUCACAAGCCCAAGCCUUUUGAACCAGCAGUGCCAUGUCUAGGAACUUUUCUUAUAUACAGAAACUUUUAUUAAAGCAAUGUUUGUAAUAACAAAAAGUUAGAAACCAUCAUUAAUUCAGAACAGGGGUGAAAAAGCAUGGCCCAUCUCUACAAUGGGGCAUUUUGCAGACAGUUAAGAGAAUAGAUCUGCGGUAUGUAUUGCUGGGGAAUGUUCACAGAUCUUGGAGCCACAUGGUUAAGCGGGAGAAGAAAGCAUGCAUGAAAUGCUAGUGUUUGGAAUAGAGACAAAUACGUGUGUUGUAGGUGUGUGUAUGCAUAUAUGUGUGUGCAUAUACUCACACAAAUGCUUGUGAUGUGUCAGCCUGCCCAUGCCUAGAGUGUCCCUGUAGGCUAGCAACCUUGGUUGCCUCUUGGAAGAAGGUGGGAAUGACUUUUCACCACUUGUCUUUUGUAUUCUGGAAUUUUGUACCAUGUACAUGCAUUAUCUAUUCAGAAAUAAAUAGUUUUUGAAGUUUAA